AUGGGAUCCUUACUUGACAUGGCGUCCACCUUGACAUCGCUUGGACUUUUUACCCUACUCCUGGGUGCGGUAGGACCGACGGUCGCCUACAGUUUCGAUGGAAACCUGUACACCACCAUAUACGACUAUGCCAAUGUACCCCAUGCUCAUCUGGGUACCGAGAGACCAUCGAACCCAUGGCUGAUCGCAAGUGUCAAUUCCAACGAUGCAGGUCCUGUCGUAUCCUCGACUUCCGAAGAGCCGACUUAUGGGAAUAUUCCAGAAGUCCCGUUCGGCAUAGAAAAGCCAUUCAAACCAUGGAUGGGUUCGAAUUUACAAGCGGAUGACAUCGGCCGUAGGGAAUCGAGGUCUGAGGAACCAUCCUACGGGAAUAUUCCUGACGUCCCUAUUGGAAUAAACACGCCGUAUAAACCGUGGCUCGAAACUAACGUGCAGAAAGAUGAUGGCACCAAAACUAAGUCCUCCAGGUCCGAAGAACCGUCCUAUGGGAAUAUUCCCGAAGUCCCUUUUGGUAUAAAUCAGCCGUAUAAACCUUGGCUCGAAACAAACCUGCAGAACGACGGAGGCACCAAAAUUGAGCCCUCCAGUUCCGAAGAACUAUCUUAUGGGAAUAUUCCCGAUGUCCCUUUUGGCAUAGACAAGACGUAUAAACCUUGGCUCGAAACAAAUGUACAGAACGACGAAGGCACCAAAACUGAGUCCUCCAGUUCCGAAGAACUAUCUUAUGGGAAUAUUCCCGAUGUCCCUUUUGGCAUAGAUAAGACGUAUAAACCUUGGCUCGAAACAAAUGUACAGAACGACGAAGGCACCAAAACUGAGUCCUCCAGUUCCGAAGAAAUAUCUUAUGGGAAUAUUCCCGAUGUCCCUUUUGGCAUAGAUAAGACUUAUAAACCUUGGCUCGAAACAAAUGUACAGAACGACGAAGGCACCAAAACUGAGUCCUCCAGUUCCGAAGAACUAUCUUAUGGGAAUAUUCCCGAUGUCCCUUUUGGCAUAGACAAGCCGUAUAAACCUUGGCUCGAAACAAAUGUACAGAACGACGAAGACACCAAAACUGAGUCCUCCAGUUCCGAAGAACCGUCUUAUGGGAAUAUUCCCGAUGUCCCUUUUGGCAUCGACAAGCCGUAUAAACCUUGGCUCGAAACAAAUGUACAAAACGACGAAGGCACCAAAACUGAGUCCUCAAACCCAUCUUAUGGGAAUGCUCCAAAGGUGUCUAUCGGUAUCGAGAAACCAUCCAAACCAUGGCUGGGCUCCAGCUUGGUGAACGAUGAAAUCUCUGGACCAUUAGUGGAAGAAGUGGAAUUCGUUCCUCUGGACGGCCAGGAAGGGUUAAGUUUGAAAUCGCAGUACAGUACCGACAAUUCGAGUCCAUCCAGUAACUCUGACGCAGUUUGCUUAAGCGAAGUUUGCAGCAACACUGCGCAAACUAUAUUGAACAAUUUGAAUUCAAAUGUGAAUCCCUGCGACGAUUUUUAUGAAUAUUCUUGCGGGGGAUCCCUGAAGAAUAGUCACAUCCCACUGAACGAAGAGAGCUGGAAUCAAUUUGUUAAAGCCAGGAGAAACAACGAUCGCCUGUUGAGAAAGAUACUGGAAGAGAGACCGAAACCAGGCGAACUUCUUUCGACCAUCGAAGCUAAACAUCUGUACAGAGUUUGCAUGGACUUAGGUAGUAUAGAGAAAAGAGGACUGAAACCGAUCGAAAAGCACAUCGACACACUCGGAAUCUGGGCAGUCACGAAAGGACAAACCGAAGUUCUAAAAGCACAGCUUCCGUGGCAACAACUGGAUGCUCAUUAUGGUUUCCACGCAAAUUUGUUCGCUCUCUUCGAUCUGAGUGUCAGGCCUGACAUCGACAAUGCAACCAUCAGGAGGCUCACUCUGGACCAGCCGACUUUCACCCUACCGAGAUCCAUCUUAACCGAUAAUGAAAAUGAAUUCAAUGCUCACGUGGCGGCUUAUAGGAAAUAUAUGGAAGAGGUUAUCCUUGCAUUCGUUCAAGCCAGAGGUUCGGAUGCGACUCACGAGAUGAUCGCCAAGGAAGCCCACGACAUGGUCGACUUCGAGAUAGAUUUGGCCGAGAUUUUAUCACCCGAGGAGCUGAGAAAAGACGUUGAUCGAAUGAACAAUUUGUUGAGUAUUGACGAAUUGCAAAAACUCACGGACAGUGCAUUGCCAUUGACGAGCACUGCUAAGAUAAACUGGCGGGAACUGCUGCAAAGCUAUUUUCUCGGCACGGAUGUAAAUUCUGUAGAUUCGGUUCUUGUACUUGAAAAGGAAUAUUUAGUGAAACUUAUUACUGUCCUUGAGCAUACGUCAGAGCAAACUGUCGCUAAUUAUGUCCACUGGAGGUUCGUGAAUCGCAUGCUGCCAUUCACCAACGAGAAGAUGAGACAAUUGCAGUUGAACUUGAAGAAAGACCUGUUUGGAGUUGUUGAACAACACCCUAGGUGGAUCCAGUGCGUCCGCGAAAAUGAAAUGAUUCAUACUUUGUCUAAUACGUACCUGAAAAAAUACGUUCCUCAAGGAAUCAAAUCAGCCGUGGAAAGCAUGGCUUCGGAAAUCGAGACGAAAUUGCAGGUUCGAAUAAUAUCCUCGGACUGGAUGGACAUUUUUUCCAAAGAGGCUGCCCUUCGAAAACUGCGGGACAGAAAGGAAGUCGUCGGAUAUCCGGAAUGGGUCAAAGAUGAUAACGCUGUGAUGAAUUAUUACAAAGGCUUUCGAGUGACGAAUGAUUAUUUCGAAAACAUAAUUGCACUGAGGAAGUUCGUCGUAUUCAAGAAUCUGAAUGACCUGAAGAAACCCAUUGACAAGCACAACUCAGAUAUGGAUGCAACGAGAGUACUCACAUCCUACAAUCCCUUGGCAAACUCUUUGCAAAUCUCUGCCGGAAUCUUCCAGCCACCAUUUUUCAGUACGGAACAACCAGACGCUGUUAAUUACGGUUCCCUUGGGGCACUAGUCGGUCAUGAAAUGUCCUACGAAUUCAUUUACUUUGGAGAGGAACUCGACAACGCUGGCAACAUUUCCGCAUGGAGUGAACAGGCCAAAAAAGCGUACAAAUCUGCGGAACAAUGUUUCAUAAAGAAAUUCGAUGGAUAUCCGAUCCAAGAACUGGAGGCCUUCAACGUCACGAUCAAGGUGAACGGUACGAAAACUUUGACAGAGAAUUUCGCCGACUUUGCGGGGAUCCGGGCAGCUUAUGGAGCGUAUAAAACUGCCUCGCUGAAGAAGAAAGCGAACAAACAGAAAUUACCUGGCCUCGAAUCCAUCUCGAACGACCAGCUGUUCUUUUUGUCAUACGCAAACGUGAUGUGUGACUCCGCGAGGCCUGAAUAUCUUACGUACACCGUCAAGUCAGGGAAACACAGCACAUCGAGAUCAAGGGUGAUUGGCACCCUUUCUGAUAUGGAUGAAUUUAGCAACGCCUUUAAAUGUCGCAAAGGAAGCCGCAUGAACCCCGAGAAUAAAUGUACUGCGUAAAUGAGAGCGAAUCCUAAAUAAACGUGCCGAACCUAAAUCUACCGGUUUGGAGUAAGGUUAUUCUAAGUCAUUAGUUUUUAGUAUCACCGUGCAGUCGUCAAUGCAGUUUUACGAGUGAUUUUUAGUUUCCCUCUUAUUGUCAACGUCCAAUUUUUGUCAUCAAAAGAGGCCGCUAAUA